GACAUUGAAAUAGUCAUCCAUCCAAAAUUCUCUCCAAAUUUGGAGUAUUAUUCUUUUCUUCACAAGAAGGAGCCGAAAAGUUAUAAAUGGGAAGAGAAUAUGAAUGUUAAAGAAAUGGCGGCAAACCAACACCUUUUGUAUUAGAGACUAACCAUUUGCUGAAGCGAGCAAGGGAUCUUCAAUGGCUUCCUGUAGUGAAACUCCCUUGGUUUAUCCUGGACCUCUCCGGAACUUCCUAGAAAGGAAUGGCUUUCCUAGAGAUAAAACAGAAACUCAUGAGCGAGGUUGAAGCUCUAGGAUUCCCUAGGGCUCGAGUCGUUCGAGCACUUCAUAGUACUGGCAACGUCAGCUCUGAAGCUGCAAUUCAUUGGCUCAUUGAUCAUGAGAAUGAUCCUGAUAUUGAUCAAAUGCCCCCGGUAGCAGUUAACAUUGAUAUUGAAUCUCCUGAACCAUUUCAUAUCACAGAGGAAAUGAGAAGAAAAGCUAAGGAACUAAGGGAUCAAGUAGGGAAAGAGAAGGAAAAAGAAGGAAAAAAUAUUGAAAGACAAAGGGAAAAGGAUAGAAUCCGUUCCAGUAAAGAACUACAAGAAGCAAAAAGAAUUGCAGAAGAAAUUGAAAGGAAACGCAAUAUUAAUUCUAGACAAGUUGAGAAAGAGGAGGAGAAAAGAGCAAGGGAAAAAGUUGUACAAAAACUUGAACAGGAUAAGAUAGAAAGAAAGAGGUUUGGUGGAAUUUCCUCUGAAAGGUCUGAAAGCCUUGCUACAAAAGCUACCGCAACCAAAGCAGGGGAAAAGGAUGAACCUAGAUCACAGAAUUCACUGCCAGCAACUUCAGUCAGUAAAGCAGUCUCUAUGAGAGAAUGUUUAAGGUCUCUUAGGCACCAUCAUAAGGAUAAUUUUGACAAAGUGAGAAAUGCCUACCAAACUCUCUUCAUCUAUGUCAGAAAUGUAGCCAAAAAUCCUGAUGAGGAAAGGUUUAGGAAGAUUAGGCUCAGUAAUCCUUUGUUCCAGGAGAGAGUUGGGAGUUUGACAGGAGGGAUUGAGUUUCUCGAGCUUUGUGGCUUUCGAAAAGAAGGAGAGUUUCUGUAUCUUCCCCAUGAUAAAAUCGACCCAGAGGCUUUAAACACUGCUGGAUCGUUGUUGAAUUCUGCAUUGACAAAUCCAUUUUUUGGUGUUCUACAAUCAGUUUAAGUAUAUCACUAGGUAAAACCAGUUUAUUGCUUUUAACCAAAGCCAACAAGAGAUGGCGCAUAACCUUCAUGCUUUGGGAUUGGAAUUUGUAUUUAAGACUAUAAUUGAAUUACUAUAAUAUAAUGAUUGUAUGGUAAAAGAUUAUGAUUUGAACGCAUAAAAUGAAACAUUUUAGCUGAA